CCAUUGUUAAAACAUUUUCAAUAAAUUAAGUACACGAUCGAAUUAUAAGUACUUUAUUUCGUGUAAUUAACAUUAUCAUUAAAUCAAAAAUGGCGCAAAUUUAUUGUAAACGGUAUUUGAAGUUAUGCGUAUACUUUGCAAACUCGCCGAAUAUGUGAAGCGUUAAGCUGUUGUAUUCCCAGUUGUGUCCCUUUUCAAAAACAAAUGGGUUUUUGUUAGUUGCGUUCUGGAUCAGAGCGCGAACGAAGCGGGAACGAAAACGAAAAGAAAAAAAGGAGAAAAAGUAAACAGAGAAAUGAGGAAGGAACUGAAGUAGAUAGGGAUAAUUGAAAGUAUCGAAUGACUCAAAAAAAAAAAGUAUUCGUAAAAGAAAUCAGUAAAUGAUUCUGUCUGUAUGUACAUGUAAAAUAUUAACAAGAGUGUAGAAAAUUUGAUCAUAACUUCAAUAUUUUUCUGCGGAAACCUUCGUGGAUUCAUUUGCGAUGCGAUGAACGAGAUUUUAUUGUUGUAAAAUCUUUAAGAAACAUAGAUCGGUAGAAUGGCUUCUAACAUGCAGUCUUUCCAGCGAAUGUUAAAAAUGCUGCGGGAAAACAGCAGCAGCAGGGAAAAACGUGAAGCUUUAACCUAUAUUCGCAGCAACAGCAAAAAGUUACAGUCUGCAGGAAUUGUUAAAGAGGAACAAUGCAAAGAAUUAUGUAAAUUAGUUAUAGAAGCAUUUGCAAAUGGAAACAAUGAUGUACAGAAUGAGGCUUAUGGAACAUUAAAUGUCAUUAUUCAGGACUUCAAAGAGCACACUCUGAACUUAUUUGAAGUCAUGUCACAGAUAAAUGAAAAAAAUAGAUUAAAAAUACUUAAGUUAUUAGAAAUAAUUGAGGACAAUGCUAUCUCAAUGAUUGCUAAUGAUCCGCAUGCUGUACAGUUUUUCACUGAUUGUAUGUCUACAAUACAAACAAAUAAAAUGCCUUGGAUAGCAUCGACUGCAUGUGUAGAUAAUCUUAAAGCAUUAAUAGAUGCUGAAAAUAAACCAUUAUCAGAUGACCAAAGACUAGAAGAAGAAACAGUUAAUUAUUGUAUAAUUUUGUUAAGGCGAUUGUAUAAACUUGCUGCAAUAACAUCAGAUACCAAUGUUGAAAAGUUUGAUGCUUUAUUAUUGGAUAAAGUAAUGUUAUUAGCAUAUAUGGGACAUAAGCGGCAACGUGGCGCUGCUUUAAAACUUUUACAGCAAUCUCUUGCUACAAAUAUACUUUCACAUAUUCGUACCAAAUUAGCAAAUGCAUGGGUUCAAUAUAAAUCGGCAUUGCAAACUACGUAUUGCAAGCGUAUGUUACUUUUGGUAUCCGCGUGCGAACUAGAUUGGGCUAUACAAUGGAAUAUCAGUAUUCAAUUCCUUGGUGUUGACCUCCAUAAAGGCGCCGGUUUAAUAAAUGAUUUACUGAGUAUCGAAGAAAAAGCAUUUAAAUCUACAGACACAAUUACACGCAGACAAGCCUUUCUUUCAUGGAAGUUGCUGGUGGAUAAUUUUGCUCUAGACCCACAAGAACUUGCUACUGCAAGGAGGAUAAAGUUAUUAUGUAUUCCAUUAAGUGCAAAAAAUAGUAAAACCGAAUUGAUAGCAAUAACGAAACUAGAAGUUUGGUGGCACGUAAUCAUUAAACUUUAUAAAGACAUUGUCAAAUUUGUUAAUCCUGUCCUCACACAGUUCUUAAAUUUUUGUUUUGGACCUCUGGGAGAUACACCAUUAUUAUCUUCAAAAUGUGAUAUAAUAGUUUCACCAGGGAAAAGGUUUUAUAAAACAAAAGUUAUUGCAGUGGAUGCUUUAUGUCAACUUCUUGUUACCAAACAAUUGAAUCACAAUGUCUUUUCUCCUAUUUUGGAAGAAAGACUCCCGCAUUCUAUGACUGAUGCUGUCUUCCAAGAGUGUUAUAAAAGUAUAAUUCAUAGUGUAGGAGAAGCCUUGCUUGUUCUCAGCCAACUUACUGAUGCAGAGAUGAAAAACAGAUAUCAGCUUGGUAAAAUAUUAUGGACAAAUUUAAUCAAUUAUGUACAAGAAUCAAAAAUGGAAAACAAAGAGAAUAUGUACAAAGAUAUAAUAACAGUUAUUGCAGAAUUGGCAAAUUAUGCCGAGAGUAAGGCCAUGAUUAGACAGUUAAUUCUUGACAUAAUUUUGUUCGAAAUUACUGAUCUCAGUAAAGAAUUUAACUUAAAAGAAGAUAUAUUAUCAGUAUUGUUGUUCAAACUGCUGCAAAUUUCAAUACUAAGUCGUGCUGAAAAGGAGCAUUACAAUGCAAUCAAAUCUCUUUUGAGGCAUUGCAUCAAAUCUUCAAAGGAAAAUGUGUAUUACCCACAUGCAUUCAAAUGCUUAAAAGAAAUGUAUCAUAAAUUACAUACAUUACAGAAUGGACAAUGUAAGAAUGAAUCUGUUAUUCGUGAGUUAUGGGUUGUUUUAGUAGACGUGUUAAUAUCAUACAUGGAUGAUUUACAAGAAAUUAACGAAGGUACCACUACACAGCAUAAUUUAACAACUGUUGAAUCGAUUGUAAUGUUCCCAUUCAUGUACAUGUGCAUAGAGGACCAGAACCAGAUACAAGAAGUAACGAAAACUUGGAAACGUUUAUGUAAACAUUUGGAAAUGCGAGUAGAUCUCAUAGAAAGCAUAAAAACUAAUGAGAUUUUAAUGAACAUUGCGACCACCAUGCAACGUUGUUUGGUGAAAAAUGAAAAGUCUUAUCAUCUUAUUAUAAGUUCUUUGGAUAAUUUGCUAAGUUCUAUUGACUACAAACUUCUACUAGCACAUACAGAAGUUCCUGCUGUUAUGAAUCUGCUUGUGAGUCUUGUAAUUUAUUUUCUAUCUAACCAACUUAUUAAGGAAUCUGAUGCUGCUCUCAAAGCUUUGUCAGCAGUACUUAUUACAAUUUAUGGGCACAGUCUAAAAAAAAUAGUACCAUAUUUGCUAGCUUGUCAACCAGCAAUUGAACUUAUGCUAGCAACUGAAAUAGAGGCAUUAUAUGGCGAGAUAGCAAGCACGUGGGAGUCUAUAAUCAGUAUCCUCAAAGGACUCGGUAAAUUAUGUGAUCAGAACCUCAUUUCUUGUUAUAAAAAAAUAAUUACUCUAGCUUUGAAUCAUCCGAAUGUCGAUGUACGAGAGCAAACAAUGUCUCUGUUUGAACUGAAAGAUAUAUUGAACAGUAGCACCAAAUUAAUAUUAGAAGAAAUAGAGAAGACAGAAAAUGAAAUUAAAUUAAUCACGUCUGACGUUCCAACAAAAACAAAUGAUAUCAUUGAAGAAACACAAAACGAGAAAGCAGAUGAUACGUGCUUAGAAGAACCCGGUAGCCCAAAAGACGCACCUAAAGAAAUCGAGGAUUACGUUUUUAUUAAGACGGACUUUAAAUUUGACGUUGAUCGUUUAACAGAACAUCAGAAGGAAUCUUUAAAACGCAAGCGGGAAGAUAUCCCAGCGUUAUACAAUGAUCUGUCACAAUCCUGCUCGCAAGAUACGCAGAAUUUACAAGAAUGGUUUAACAGGAAAAAUAAAGCUGCAGAGAGUAUGGAGACAGAACCUGACAAAAAUGAUAAUGUUUUGACUGAAAAAAUAGCGGAUAACGAAGCAAAUAAAGAAAAUGAAGUUGAAGUUAAGUCACAAACGGUUAAAGAGGCUGUUGAGACUGAUACAAAAUCAGCGGAAACUGAUGGACAGAUCGCGUCAUCAGAGUCUGCGCAAGUAAACGGUGAUGUAAACAGUGGCGAAAACUCAUUAGAAGACGAAACAAAAGGAACAAAAGAAGCUAACGAAGAUUUAGAAGCCAACACUACAAAAGACUGUGAAAUAAAUACUUUUAAUUUUAAUACUCAAGAGGAAUCUCCUGCGGGUAAAGAUAGUGGCACUUUAUCCCCGUCUAUGUUGAAAAGUGGUAAACGACAUGAGCGUCCAAGUAAACCGUGCGUUUCGCAAAAAUUAGACGAAAUCGUUAGUAGUCAAUCAGAACAGCCAAGCCCUAAUCAAACUUUACAAACAAGGUUACGAAUGAAAACAGUGCAGUGUAAGUCUGAUGCAGAUAACAAACAAAACGCAUUAGACGAUAUGGAAAAUAAAUCGCUUAAAAGCGAGAAAAGAGGUGUCAAACGUAAAUCAGCUUCAGAUAGCGAGAGUGAAAAAAGUAGUUUACGGCAACGAAGGAAAACUAGUAUACCAGAAAUUAGUAGCGACACUGACAGUUGCAAAUCUACGGAAAGUGAUACUACUAAUACGGCUCUACGCGGGGAAGAAAUAAACGAGAAGAGGAAUGUGAGUCAACGUACGAAAAACGAAAUAUCUCGACUGCGUAUAAAUAUGGUAUUUGACAGUCCUCUGCCAAAUAGCCGACGAUCUAAAGGUGACAAAGAAGAUGACAAAAAACCUAGAAAGAUAGAAAAUAGAGGUGGUCGAGGCAGAGGCAGAAGAAAAGUGAAGAGGUUAGACAGGAAUAGUGAAUUGAAGAAAAUUGAAGAUACAAAAAGUACUUUCCGAAGAAAGAGAAAUUCGCUGGAUAAGGUGCAUAAAAUAAAGAUUGAUAAAGGCGAAAAUACCCCAGAGAAACCGGCGACUAGUACAUCAGAUCCUAAUGUCACUUUGCCUGAUACUGAAGAACCUGAUAAAACUGAAGCUGUACCUACUGAAAAUCCAUCAGAUGAAAAGCAAGCUACAGUUGAGACGAGUGAACAACUGGUUGAAAUAAAAGAAGAAGUUAUUUUGAAUGACCAAAACGAUAAACCAGCUGCAGAACAAUUUGAAACCCAAGAUGACAUGGAGGACAUAAUAGAAAGUUCUCAGCAAGUGUCAGAAUUAGAAAAGAAAUCUAAUGAGAAACCUAGUGCUGUUAAAGUGAAUAGCGUUGAGGAAGCUGUGUGUGCUGAAGAUAAAAAGGUAGAAAAUGUUUCAAACAAUUGUGACAAUGCAAGUACUGAGGUUUCCAAAAGUAAUGUUAAGGAACCUGAAGAAACCAGCAGUGUCAAGGUAAAUGAAUUAAAUGUUUCAACUCCUGUUCCUGAAAAAAGUUCAGGUAAUGAAAAACAAGAUGCAACCGAAACACAAAAAUCUAGUGAAGGUUCAUCGUUUAAAACUGUCAUUGAGUUUACAUCACCCAAAACUAAUGCAAAAGGCCAGCUGAAAUUCAAAACUUACUCAGGACAGGGUCGUGCAGCUCACAUGUUGGGAUUAGUAACGAAGCAGGCAAGAAUAGAAGCUGGGUGCCAGAUUAUAACAAUAGACGAUGAGUCUGUGCUUAAAAAGAUUAAACUAAAAGAUACUGAUAAUGAAACACCCAGCAAGAAGUUCACGCUUAAAGACGUUGACAAAGUAACAUGUAGUAGUAGACAGGAGAAGAUCUUCAAUAAUAUGAAAUCGUCAGAUUAUUGUCCAUCGCCUCCAAUUAAAUUAUUUUCUAAUUUGAAAAAUGACGGGGAAAAGAUAUUUCCGAAAGCAGAUAAAUCGACGGAGUAUAUAUCGAUACACACGGACGCACAAGCUGAAAAGGGUGAAGAGACUACGGUCGAAAUGGAUGAAUUGCCAAUUUUAGAAUGGUCAAGUGCAAAUCCACCUUCGCUGACAGCUUCUCCAAGUGUUAGUAUACUUAAACGACGACAAUCUAUGCCAGAACCUGAUCCGGAGAGCACAACGCCAAGCAAGAGAAAAAGAGUAAGUUUCGCAGAUCCUCCAGUUUCAAAGGAAAUGGGAUAUGAGAUUACGUCUAAUGAUUCUGUGCAAAAGACUAAUAAGUUUGUCUCGAGAGGAAUGUUCGGACGUAAAGAUACACCGUUAAGAUUAAAGCCGAUUAAGAAAUUGAUAAGUAUCGAUGCAGAUAGAAUGGAUAAAGAUGAAGAGUCGGAUAUGAUAAAUAUGUCCGAAAUUGAUUUGCAGUGUGAAAAAGAAAAUGAGCUGUUGACAAAGAUGGCCGAAGAAUUGGAAUAUUCAGAAAAUGACACGAUAAAUACCGAUGUUCAGAUACCGUUUACUGCUAGAGAAAAUGAACUAACAAAUACUGUUUCUGUUGAAGUUAAUGGAUCUAAUAAAAUUAAAAUCGAUAACUUAAAUACUGAAUUUGAAAUUUCGCAAGAUUCGACAUUUUCUAAGAAUGCAAUCUCAACGUCUGUAAAUAAAGUAGAGAAAAAUAAAGUAAAUCAGGUACUAGAUGCAUCGGGUAGUUCUAACGUCAGUUUAGAAAAGACUGAACUCAACGAGUCGGUUACUCAGGAUGAUAUAUUUAACGGAACAGAUGUAAAGCAUAAUAUUACCGAAAACAGUGUUGAUAGUAGCCUAAAUGAUACGCAGAAUAUUUCUAUUCAAAAUAGUUCAUUAGGUUCUCUUAAGCUUAAUGCAUCAAAAGAAUCGAUAACGAAUCGUUCCCUCGACGGGUACACAAACGCUGAAAACUUAGAAGAUACAUUAGACGCAGAGAAUCUCACAAGAUUAAAUUCUUCAGUAAAUUCAGAUGAAAUUUUCUGUGGAAACCUAAUAAGAACUAGUACACAAACAGCAGAUAAUAUACAAGAGCAAGAUACCUUACCAGUUACGGACUCAGUAUUUGGAAGUUUACCUUUGAGCCAAGAUAGUCAAAGUACAAGUGAAUAUCAUGUGAAAACUCCAAAUCCGGAGUCGCUAAAUUCUGUUCAUCCAAUAUAUCCGACGUUGAUAUUGUGUCACGAAUCUAUAAGCUCUAUCGUCCAACACUUGACUAAUCCUCUUUGGGUACGACAUUUGACCGCAUAUUUUGCAAGUAGAAAUAUUGUAACUGUUGGUGACCUUGCACGAUUAUCUGAGCGUGAAAUAAAUAGGAUUCCCGUAAAGGGUUCUUCAAAAAUUGAAUUAGUAAAAAAUGUUUUGAAAUCUUUCGAGAAAACUUACGUUGCAAAAGAAACGAGAAAAAACGUAGAAAAUUCUAACGUUUCCCCUUCUGUAAAUAUUAAUACACCACCUGUAUCUAUAGAGAAUGUAGUGCCGCAAAAUCAGUCGCAGGCAAUUCCUGAGUCAAUACAAAAUAAGUUUAUAGAUCAAUUUAGCCAACCAGGUUCUUGUAAGGUUUCUAGCAGUCCUAUUAUUACUGACAAGAAAACAUCUGAAAUAUCUAAGAAAAUGUCAGAAUCCAUUUUAGAUGAAUCUUUGAACGUACCUGCAAUAGAUGUUUCUUCAAUAUAUUCGCAGGUUUCGUACAAAUCUGUCCUGGGAGGAAAAUCGUCGUCUGUUUCUGUCUCAGCUCAAAAUUCAUCACAUGUGGUAGCCAAGCCAAUGAUAACUUUGCCAAUAUCAUCUGUGGUAUCAGCUGUUGCAUUGGAACCUUUGGGAAAUCUUAGUUUUGCUGCUACAAGUGGAGCCUCUGUAGGGUCUUCUGCGAAACCUACUGAAACUUGUACUGCUAACAAUUCCGUUUGUUCACACAAACCAGAAGUACAAAAAACCACAAGAUCUGUCGCAGCACAAAUGGCUUUGGAAGAUCUUUUGGAUGAGAUAGAUGUUAACUUGGUAUUGGAAAGCGCAGUCAGAAGAUGUACCCCAGAAAGAAUUCUUCUGCAAUACAAAAACAAAAUGAAACAUAUACCGCAAAUAGAAUUGGAAAAAGAGACCAUAAGAAUGCUUGGCGCCGAGAAUGUAAAGAAUUGUACCGAAGUGACAUUGAAGGCGGCGUGUCGUGCAUGUGGAGUGAAUAAAGUUUUGCUUCGACUACCUGACAUUUUUAGUAGUGAUAAACAGUUCUUUAUCAAAGUAUUAAACGCUUACAAAAAGAAGAUACAAGUCAGUGAUUGUUUGGACAUUCUUGAUUUUGCUGAGGUCAAAGAUGCAAUUUGUAAAAAAUGUACAUCUUCUGAACUUGCUGAAAUGUUAUCGAAAAAGCUAAAGGAUGAAGAACAGGAGGGCAUAAGAGAACCUAUGACAGAGUUGUCCAGCCUGAACGCUAUGCUAAAAAGAAUGCCAAUGGAUCUAAUCAUCAGUCAUACGGUGGCGAACGAAGAACUUAUCCCAUCGCGUGUUGUUUUAGACAUAGCUCUGCAAAAUAACAGCACAAAUGAUAUAGCACAGGCUUUGGAAUGUCAAUCUUCUCUUGUUACAAAGGAUGUUUUUGAAAAACUGUGGUCUUCCCAAUUUGCUAUUAAGCAUAUUGAACAAUUGAACUCUAAACAGGAUUUAUUGAAGCUGUUCAAAGCAAUUAGUUUGAAACUUAGCCAGCAAGAUCUUUUGCAAGCGUUCUAUGAAUCCAUGAGCGCUAAGGUAAUGAUAAACCAAGAGAAAAUUUAAAGGUGAAAUAAUUGUUUAUUGAUUCAUUUAUAAUUUGCAUGUAUAAUAUUUAUUAUUAAUAUUAUUUGUGACCAUAUAUCGGUUUUCACCAAUAGACUCAAUAUUAAUACCGUGACUUUUUUCAUAUUUAUAAAUAAACUUUCGCAAAAAUUUCGUUAAUAGUAUUGCAUUAUGAAUAUUUGUUUGCACACUUAGCAUAUUGUACGUAUUUAUUAAAAGAGUAAUUGUUUUCUUUUUCUUUGUGACUUCGGAUUUCUAUUGUCUAGUUGUUAUUUCAUUAUCUUACAUCUGAGUUAUAACCAUUGUGAAACAAUUUCAACUCCUGCUAUUUAAGUAUUCUAAAGCUUUCACUUUCAAAAGAAACAAAUUUUUAAUUAUACGAUAAAAUUGAAUUCUUCAAACAACAGUUAACUAAGAAUACAAACAUACAUCAUUUCUUCUUUUUUCUUAAAGAAGAUUAAACGCUAAUAUGUUUCACUGACUUAUUUGUUACAUACUGAAAUAAAAUUUUCUUAUUUCAGUUGAAGUUAUCUGACAAUUCAAAAUAACAUUGUUAACUUUAAAUAGAUUAAGCACACAAUGUUCAUAGGUAAUUCCUAGACAUACACCAUUGUAAAUAUUAUAUAAGUAUAUUACUCAUAAUAGCAGUUGUCAAAGGAUACCAAUAAUCAACAUUUUAUGUAUUAGUUACUGUAUCUUUGUUCCGUUUGAAUUAGAUAUCGCAAUAGAAAAUCAAAUGUAAAGACUCAUCGUUUGAUAUUUGUUUCUGUACCAAUUGGUAACUACUGUUUCUAAUAUUUGUUUUCAUGAGAAGGCUUCUUCCGAUUGAAAAGAAAAGGUUGAGAAAACAUUUUCGUUCCUUCGUUUGUAAGCAACUUCUUGGAAGUAUUUCUUUGCACAGACUAGUGGCCUAUAAGUUAGAAAUUUAAGUGUAUAUAUAUAAAAGAUUAAAAAAAAAAGAAAUAUUUCGUACACAAUUUUUUCUAGACACAAGUUUAUUACAACUUGUCAUUGAAUAUUUUAGAAUCUAAUGUUAAAGUAUAAAUGAGAUAAUUAUAGUGUAUUUUCAACUGUGACUCGACCAAAUGUUAGAGAGAAUUAAGUUCGCAUCAUUCAAAGAAAUUUUGUAAAAUGUACAAAGUUUAAAGGUUAAGCCUAUUAGGCAUAUUACUGAUGUAUUAAAAGUAUUUUAUACAAUGGAUUCCACGGAAUCUCUUAUUGUUAAAUACAUCAAAAUUUCGAUCAAUUGUGAUAAAACCGAAAUUUCAUUAAGAUAUUCUGUUACGUACGAGAUGUUUUUGGAAAAGCGUAACAUCUCAAUGUUAUAAAUUGUUAAUUGUCAUGGACAGAACUUUUGUUUUUAGCAGUUUCAGAGCACUAUAAUUGGCAAAUAAAUUGCUCACAGAAUUGUUUAUAUUCAUCUGUGCGUAACAAAUUUAUUUGCUACAAAGUUUUUAAUCAUCUAACUGUUUUUGUGUUGAGGUGUUACGCAGUUAAAAAUUAUUAUUCAGACACUACAAAUUUUCACAUUAUGUCGCUCUAACAAGUUAUAUACGUAUUAUAACUUCUUUUUUUUAUACAGUAUGUUAUAUGUUCUAUAAUAGAAAAAAAGAAAUGUUAAAUGUACUGUAAUCAAAUACACUAUAAAACCCGUGAAGAUUACAAAUGACAUUGUUUUAUUGUCGAUCGUGAUGAACGAUAAAUUUUAAUUAUUAGAUUUAAUCACUUUUAUGACUUUCUCAAUGUAAUAUAACGAUAUACAUAUACAUAUAUUAAUCGCAACAGUCGCAUAUUGAAAUCGGUGGUGAGACGUAAGAGUGCCUCGAACGAACAAAUAAUUUUGCAUUUUUAGAAGUUCAGGAUAUAUUCCCAGGGCUGGUGUGAGAUAGAUUUUAGAACGUUACAAAUAAUCUAAAUAAUUGCUUUAAAAUGCUGAAUAAUUCAUAAAAAGUUCAUUAUAAAUUUAAUGGGACUAUACAUAAAUUGUAUCAUAUGUUGUGGAACUUACAGAAUUUGUAAGUGAUUGAGUUUCAAAUGUAAGCUUUAAACAUUUAGAGUUGCAAGUACUGUAAUAUAAGUUUAAAGUAUUCUAAAUUUUUAGGCAUUCCAAGUUUGAAGCAUUGCAAGCUUAAAAAUAUUUCAAAAUUGAUACAAUUUGAACUUGAAGCAUUCUAAACUUGAAGCGAUUCAAACUUGUAGCAUUUCAAAUUUGAUGCAUUGCAUAUUUAAGUUUCCUAAACUUUGCAUUCUAAAUUUGAAAUGUUUCAAACUUGAUUUGUUCUAAAUUUGAAGCAUUCCAAACUAGACAGGUUCUAAACCUAAAAUGUUGCAAAUUUGAAUCAUCUCAAACUUUGAAUGUUCUAAUGUUGAAAUGUGUCUUUUGUCUCUUUACAAUUUUGGUAUCGUGUUCCCAAAAUAUUCGUACCAGCCCUGCUUAUUCCGCUCCUAUUUAACAACGAGCUGAAAGUAAAUUACUCUAAUAGCAAAAGUAUUAACAAAUCAAAUUGAUUUGACAAUUUUGUUCAUAAUUACUCUUAGGUAUGUCUCACAAAUUAUCAAUGCUUAAGCCAUUUGCUCCUUUGAUAUUUCUAUAUGCUUUUCGAACCCAUUUAUAUACUGCUUCGUAUCCUCCACUUUUAUUAGUCACACAUGUUUCGCAAAAUGUAUUAUAAGAAAUAAAGAAGCCAUUUAUUUAAUGAUAAAUGAUAUUUUCAUUGAUGUAUUUUUACGACAGGUCGAUUCGUACAAUACUCGACGAUCUUUGAGUAUCGUUAUGAUGUUUGUUAUCGUGACAUCUUUUUGUUUCAGUUAAAAAUUCGUUAAAAAUCUCGUUAUACAUAACUGUACAUUUGUACACGAACAAUUUUUAGUUUAAAAUGUUUAAUAGCUCACAUGUUCUGUUCAGUGUUACACAUAGUAUAAUAAUGACAAACUAUUUACAAUAGACUGUAAAUGUAUCCGGUGUGUGACUAUAAUAAAUCGAUGACAAAUCGAUGUUACUAUAGGCUAACAAAAUACAAUAAAUACCUUUUAUAGCUA